AUGGUCCUUGAUCAGAUGAACCCGGUUCUAUACAAAGCAGUGGUGAAAGGAAAUGUUGAAGAUUACCAUGAGGCAUUAGAGCAGAUGCCGGAAGAAGAAGCUCGCGGGCGUCAAGUUACGCCGAAGGGAAAUACUGUGCUGCACGUUGCGGCGAUCAAUGGUCACAAACAUUUGGUGGAAGAGAUCCUACAGGAUGAUGAUGCAGCCAUGUCCCUGUUGUUUGCCAAGAACAACAGAAAUCAAAGUGCGCUACACUGUGUAGCAGAGAAGGGCUAUGCCGGCGUAGUGUCUGUCAUCUUCAGCGCCAUUAAGAAGCAUAAAGAUUUGGAAUCUGCAUUUGGUCGAGUGAGGGAGAUGAUAGAGAUGAAAGAUGACGUGAAAGACACGGCUUUGCACAAGGCCGUGCGAAUGGGGCAUUUGGAGGUGGCCAAGUUACUGAUUCAAGAGGAUCCUGAAUUUGAGUACCCUGCCAACGAUGACGGAGAGACGCCCAUUUACAUUGCAGCAGAGUUGCGAUUUCAUGACUGCUUGGUGGAAAUGCUCAACACAUGCAAAAAGCCAACCUAUGGUGGACCACUGGGUCGCAAUGCUCUCCAUGCAGCUAUCUUAUCAGGUCUUGGCAACAUUUCCAAAGUAAAAAGCACUCAAGAGUUUAGCUCAGAAUGCACGCAAUCAUUGUUGGAAAAAAAGAUGUGUUUGUGCGAGGAAACUGAUAAGUCUGGUUGGACACCACUACAUUAUGCCUUAAAAAUUGAGAAUGAUAAAGCUACUUGUAUGAUACUUGAGAGAAAAACAUCUGCAGCUUACAUUUGUGCUGGUGGCAGUGACGAGUGGACAACAACAUUCCACAUAGCAGCAAGGCAAGGCAAUGUUGAAAUGAUGGAAGAGAUAUCGAAUAGGUGCCCAGAUUGCUGGGAGAUGGUGAAUAGCAAAGGGCAAAAUGUAUUGCAUGAAGCAAUACUGAGUAAGAAAGUGAAUGUGAUACAACAUAUAGAAGAAAGCUCUGACCAAUUUGAAAAUCUUGUGACUCACAAAGAUGAGGAUGGCAACACACCACUACACCUGCUUGCCAUUACUGACCGCAACAUCUUUUUCCACCAAUUUAUAACAGAGCGUCCUAUGCUGAAUUACUUUGCAUUCAAUAAGAAACACCAAACGUUGUUUGACACGGCGUAUUUGGAUAUUUGGGACGAAAGCCAAAUAACUGGGCUACUAGAGCGCAGGAGUAGAGGACUUCUUCAACAUAGUAGAAAAUUUGCUCACCGCAUUAUACCAAAUCCGGAACACGGAGUAAAUAUUCAUACUAUGGAAAAGAGACUUGAAGCUAUGAUAACAAAAACUAAAACACAGGUCGUUGUGGCAACAUUGGUACUAACGAUGACCUUUGCAGCCGGUAUUACAGUGCCAGGAGGAUACCACCAAGAAAAAGGGUACCCAUUAUUAUUACGAAAUGCAGCUUUUAAGGCCUUUAUUAUUACUAAUACUCUUUCUUUUCUAUGCUCUUUUUCCUCCAUUGCCAUUCACAUUGGGAUGGUGAAUAAAGCCUCAAGUUACUCGAGGAGCUUUGAAUAUGUGGCAAGGCUGAUAGAUAUGCAACUUGUAUUGCUUACUCUUUCAUGUUACGGAGUAUUAAUUGCGUUCAUGUGUGCAAUAUAUGCCACUUUAGCACCCUUACGUCCUCUUGCUAUUGCUGAUUUAAUCUUAGGCUUCUUCAUUUUCAUUUUCGUUUAUGGUGCUUAUUUUAAAGUCAUUACAUUCGUCUAG